CAGCCCCGGGAUUGUCCCCAGCCCCAGAGUGUCCCCUCCAGUGGGUGACACAGAUGCCAGGGUGGGAACAGCGCCAGCGUUGCGACACCGGCCCCUGUUGUCCUUAUUUUGUGCAGCCCCUAUAACUAAUUAACUAAUUAACUAAUCCCUCACUAACUAGAACUGCCUCGAGUUCCCGUGGUGCCCGUGGCACUUGAGGACACGAGGCACCUCUUUAGCUGUGGAUCCGGAGCAGCUCUGGGAAUGUGCAUCCCAGACUCCCUGGAUUUGGCCCAUCCAGGAGCAGUUUAAUGUUAAAAUUACGGUUUGGGAAGGGAAAGAUGGAUUUGUGUUGGCUCAGGAAGCUCCGUGGGAUGGAGGGACCCCCUGAGGGGGCUGCUGCAGGUCAGCUUUCCUUAUCAGGGAGACAAUUAAUCUCCCAAAUUGUCCCUGUUUAAUUGUUCUCCACAGCAAAUGCUCCGUUCCUGACCCAGCCAACAGCCAAUUAGAGCAACCGCUCACAGCCCAGCUCCUGUCUCCAAAACAGGGCUCAUUUGGGGUUUUAGCAGCUGGGGAUCGAUCCAUAAAAGCCAUUUGAGCAUCUAAAACAUUGGGUGUCUCUGUGGGGUGCCAGGAAACCAGGACAUGGCAGAUUUUCCUUGGAUUUCAGGGUGGAUUUUGGGUUGUCUGUUGUGAGGCCGCCUGAGGGGUGUUGGUGUUCUCUCCUUGCCCAAAAUCCUGAUUCCUUUUGUGGAUAAAAUGAAGAGGAGACACCCGAGCAGCUUCCAGAGGCUGAUCCUGACUGGGCUCUGCUUUCUCUUGCAGCCAAAGCCCUCAAAGAUGGAUAUAGAAGACUGUAACGGGCGAGCCUACAUUCCUGGAAUCUGCUCUUCCUGGAAGGUGAGUGGCUGCGUGCGCCCUGCCAGCGACGCAGACAUGCACACGCAGCCCGGAAUCCAGCGCUGUUUCCAAGGAGUUGGAUGUGAUAACACUCCAGGGUAUCUCCAGCAAGGCAGCGGGGAUUCCUCCCUGGAGAAGGAAUUCACCUCGGCGAUCGUGGGCCCCACGGUGAGCACCCCCAACAGCCAGCACUCCUCCCCGAGCCGCUCCCUCAGCGCCAACUCCAUCAAGGUGGAGAUGUACAGCGAUGAGGAGUCCAGCCGGCUGCUGGCGCAGGACGAGCGGAUGCUGGAGAAGGAGGACAGUGUCAUCGUGGAGGACUCGCUCUCGGAGCCCCUGGGCUACUGCGACGGGACGGGCCCGGAGCCGCACUCGCCCGGGGGGAUCCGCCUUCCCAACGGGAAGCUGAAGUGUGACAUCUGUGGCAUGGUUUGCAUCGGCCCCAACGUGCUCAUGGUGCACAAGCGCAGCCACACCGGAGAAAGGCCCUUCCACUGCAACCAGUGCGGAGCCUCCUUCACCCAGAAGGGAAACCUCCUGCGCCACAUCAAGCUGCACUCGGGCGAGAAGCCCUUCAAAUGUCCCUUCUGCAACUACGCCUGUCGCCGGCGGGACGCCCUCACCGGCCACCUCCGCACGCAUUCCGUCUCCUCCCCCACCGUCGGCAAACCCUACAAGUGCAACUACUGCGGCCGGAGCUACAAGCAGCAGAGCACGUUGGAGGAGCACAAGGAGCGCUGCCACAGUUACCUCCAGAGCCUCAACCCCGAGCCGCAGGCGCUGCCCGGGCAGCAAGGUGAGGAGAUGCGGGACCUGGAGAUGGUGCCCGACUCCCUGCUGCACCCCUCGGCCGAGCGGCCGACCUUCAUCGACCGCCUGGCCAACAGCUUCACCAAACGGAAACGCUCCACGCCGCAGAAAUUCGUGGGGGAGAAGCAGAUGCGCUUCGCCCUCUCCGAGCUGCCCUUCGACGUGAACUCCAGCUUCGAGAAGGACGUGGAGGUGGUCUCGGCCCACCACCCCCUGGACGCCUCCUACGGCGGCCCCCUGUCCCUGCUGGGGGGGGAGCACCUGCGCUCGCUGCGCCUGCCCCCCACAAACUGCAUCUCCGAGGUCACCCCCGUCAUCAGCUCCGUCUACACCCAGAUCCAGGCGCUGCCGGCGCGGCUGGAGCUGCCGGGGGGCCGCGAGGCCGCCGAGGGCCACGACGAGGUGCCCGACGGGGUGUCGGUGGUGUUCCGGGCCCGGGAGCCCAGCGGGUCUCCCUCCAACGGCUGCCAGGACUCCACGGACACGGAGAGCAUCCACGAGGAGCGGAGCUCGCAGCUGGCGCCGGGGAGCAGCCGGCACAGCCCCGCCUACGCCAAAGAGGAGCCCAAGGGGCCGGAGGGACCCCCGGGCGCCCGGUGCACCCCCAGCUCCGCCAAAGAAUCCCUGCGGGUGCUCAACGAGGACGGGGAGCAGCUCCGGGCCUUCAAGUGCGAGCACUGCCGGAUCCUCUUCCUGGACCACGUCAUGUUCACCAUCCACAUGGGCUGCCACGGCUUCAGAGACCCUUUCGAGUGCAACAUCUGUGGCUACCACAGCCAGGACCGGUACGAGUUCUCCUCCCACAUCGUGCGGGGCGAGCACAAAAUCGGCUGAACCCCCUCCGGGCCCCCCCAGCCCAGCCCAGCCCACCCCCCUCCUCAGUUCUCCCCCUGUCUCUAGCGCAGCCCCUCCAUCCC